AUGCGUUUUCAUAGUUUAUCCAAUGGUUGUCAAGCUCAAAUUGAUUUAAAAUCUCUUGAUUAUCCAUGUGUUAAUUAUAUUCAAUUAAUGAUUCUUUCAUUAAUUUAUUAUCCAUUGAAUUUUCAUAAAGAAAUCAAUAUUUUAAUUAUCGGUUUAGGUGGUGGAAUUCUUCCAAAAGCAUUAAGAAAACUUUUACCAAAUUCCAAUAUAACAAUUGUCGAAAUUGAUCCAUUAGUUUAUAAAAUUGCACAAAAAUAUUUUUAUUUUCAAAUUGAUUCCAAGAUGAAAAUUUCUUUGAUUGAUGGAAGAAAGUUUUUAGAAGAUUUACCCGAUGGAUUUGUUUAUGAUUUGAUAUUUUUUGAUGCAUAUGAUUCCAAUUCUGGAUUACCUUCACAUAUGAAAACACAAGAAUUCUUUCAAUUAGUUCAAAAAUCAUUAAAUUCCAAAGGAGGUUUAUUUAUUUUCAAUUUAGUUUGUAUUUAUCGAUCGUAUUUUCUUGUUAAACAAACGAUUUUGUCAGUUUUUCGACAAAAUGCUUUUCUCACGUAUCGUUCCAAUGAUUUUGUUAAUAUUGUUGGAAUUAUUUCAUCAAUCAAUGAACGAAUUUUAGAAAGAAAUGCAAAUUCAAAGAUUAUCAAAGAUAUUCAAGAGAAAUUAUCGAUUGAUGUUCAUUCACUUUUAACUCAUCAACAACAAAUAGAAAAAACAUUUUCAAAUCAAAUUUAUAAAGAUUCGAUGAAUAUUCAACAAAAUGAACAACAAAUGUCUUUUACUCAAUUUAUUAAUACAGUUUAA